AUGGCGCAGAAGGGAGAGGGUGCGGUUGGUCCUUCUAGCCGCAUUGGCUUGGUAGGCCAGACCAUUGCUUUGGAGAACCGCAGUAGCCGUGCCAGCUCAGUAUUAACACCAUCCUUGGCACGGAUUGCUGACAAGGAUGUUGAGGUGGAGCUGCGUGGCCUUUCACAACCCCUUUUCAAGGUGGGUGGAAAGCUGGGCAAUAUUGUCACCAGCAGCUCUCUAAGUCAAAUCCACCGCGGAUGGCGCAUCAUUGCUGUGAACGGUCAGCGCUUGGCAGCUGAAGAAGUUUCCAAGGCCCUGGCUGCUGCACAAAAGAUGGCAAAGUACACGGUGACAUUCGGCUUGGAGGAUGAGGCAAAGAGCGAUCUUCCAAACGGUGACCGUUUAGACAAGGAACGCAAAGAACGGGAGCGUUUUGACAACGAACGUUUGGAAAAGGCACGGCUUGAGAAGGAAAGAUCGGAGAAGGAACGGUUGGAGAAGGAACGCUUGGAGAAGGAACGGUUGGAGAAGGAGCGUUUGGAGAAGGAACGGCGGGACGAACAGGAAAAAGAGAGGCUAGCGAAAGCCCGAGACAAAGAACGCAAACAAGAGGCUGAGAAAAGAGCAGCUCGUGAAGUUGCCGAAAAGAGCUUGGAGCAAUCCACCGGCCUACCGCCCAGAGAAACAGUUCAAGAACCGCAGCGUGCUUUGUUGGCAGCCUUGGCACCUGUGACCAGGUCACCUACCCCAGAGGCUAAGCCUAAAGGGCCAUGUGACAAAUGUGAUGGACCACAUGCUACAGAUGAUUGUCCCCAUUUCAAAAAGCCUCGAGAUGAUCACAAGGAUGCAUAUGAAAACUACCAGAAGACGCAGAAGACAGGUUCAGAAAAGAUUGAGGAGGUGAAACUGAGUUCUGCAUCUUGCCGCGUUCUGCCACAGCCGGGAGAUGGCUCGUGCUUGUUCCAUUCCAUGAAUCAUGGCUUGAAAGGUUCAGGAGCAUCAGCUUUGAGGGCAGAGAUUGCUGACUACAUUGCAGCACAUCCUUCCGAAGAAGUGGCAGGAAAUCCAGUGUCCGACUGGGUGCUAUGGGAUUCUGGCGAGGAUCCUGCAUCUUAUGCGCGCUCCAUGAGAGCGGGGUCUCGAUGGGGUGGCGCAAUGGAAAUCGCGCUGUGCGCAAAACUGCGCCAUGCGUUUAUUGAGAUCUUCGAACGAAGACCUGACCAUUUUGUCAGAAUUGCCUCCUUCGGGGAUAGCCGGGCGGCAAACCGAAUACGACUCCUUUAUGGAGGUCGCAUUCACUAUGACGCAAUCGAGACUAGAUGA